CGGAGCCCGGGCUCUGUGGCAGCGCCGGACCGGGCGGCAGAGCCAGGCUGGGCUGGCACUCACCCACGUCCCCCAUUCCCUGCUAUGAUGGCCCGUCAGUAGCGGGUUCCAGACCCCCUGGGGGCAUGUAGGCAGAGCUAGCGGCAGCCAGGUGCUCAGAGCUUCAACAGCUCUAGGGCACUCUGGGGGCAGCUCUGCCUGCUGUUCUCCCUGGUGAAAUGCCCAAGUGACGGGCGAGCUGGUAAGGACAAGAACGUUCCCUUUUGGCCCGAGUCCGCUGCAUCCAUGGCGCUGCCGGCCAGUCUGGUGGCCCUGUGCUGCUUGGUACUUUUGGCGCUGCCAGCCCAGAGCUGUGGGCCGGGCCGGGGGCCGGUUGGCCGGCGCCGCUAUGUGCGCAAGCAGCUGGUGCCGCUGCUCUACAAGCAGUUUGUGCCCAGCGUGCCCGAACGGACCCUGGGCGCCAGUGGGCCAGCCGAGGGGAGGGUGGCAAGGGGCUCGGAGCGCUUCAGGGACCUGGUGCCCAACUACAACCCCGACAUCAUCUUCAAGGAUGAGGAGAACAGUGGCGCAGACCGCCUGAUGACUGAGCGUUGUAAGGAGCGAGUGAACGCGCUGGCCAUUGCGGUAAUGAACAUGUGGCCCGGAGUGCGCCUACGGGUGACCGAGGGCUGGGACGAGGACGGCCACCAUGCUCAGGACUCACUCCACUACGAAGGCCGUGCCUUGGAUAUCACCACGUCCGAUCGCGACCGCAAUAAGUAUGGGUUGCUGGCGCGCCUGGCAGUGGAAGCCGGCUUCGACUGGGUCUACUACGAGUCCCGCAACCACGUCCACGUGUCGGUCAAAGCCGAUAACUCCCUAGCGGUCAGGGCAGGCGGCUGCUUUCCGGGAAAUGCCACCGUGCGCCUGCGGAGCGGCGAGCGGAAGGGGCUACGGGAACUGCAUCGUGGAGACUGGGUGCUGGCAGCAGACGCUGCAGGUCGGGUGGUGCCCACGCCUGUGCUGCUCUUCCUGGACCGAGACUUGCAGCGCCGGGCCUCCUUCGUGGCUGUGGAGACCGAGCGGCCCCAGCGCAAGCUGUUGCUCACGCCCUGGCACCUGGUGUUCGCCGCUCGAGGGCCAGCGCCGGCUCCAGGCGACUUUGCACCGGUGUUUGCGCGCCGGCUGCGAGCGGGGGACUCGGUGCUUGCGCCCGGCGGGGAUGCACUGCGGCCAGCGCGCGUGGCCCGCGUAGCGCGCGAGGAAGCUGUGGGCGUGUUUGCGCCUCUCACAGCGCACGGGACACUUUUGGUCAACGACGUCCUGGCUUCCUGCUACGCGGUUCUAGAGAGUCACCAGUGGGCGCACCGCGCCUUUGCUCCUUUGCGCCUGCUGCACGCGCUGGGGGCGCUGCUUCCCGGCGGGGCAGUCCAGCCCACCGGCAUGCAUUGGUACUCCCGGUUCCUCUAUCGCUUGGCAGAAGAGCUGCUGGGCUGAGAGCUCUGGGCAAAGAAACGUCGAGGCGCCCGCCGAAACGAGAUGUAGGGCCUGAGAUGUGGGGAUGUGGGCAGCAGACGAUGCUGAUUGGGAGGGAGGGAGGGAUAGGGAGAAAAAUGGAAGCGAUAAGGGAUUGCCAGGUUUAGGGGCAACCCCCAACUGAGAGGAGGUGUUCCGGAGUCCUAGGUAGGCGGAGUUGAUAGUGGGUACUCCUUGACGAGGACUAUUUCACCUCUUCUUCCCCAAUGCCUCAGUCCCACCCGAUUAUUUUAUUUUCUAUUUAUAAAUCGUAAUAUAAUGAUCAGCCUACCCAGCGUGGUAAGAUGAGGGGCUGGGGCAUGGCGUUAACACUGACACAGCCAGCCAAUCUGACGCCUGACAUUUUUCUACAGGUGAGCUAAUAAAGGGAAGGUUUCUGGGAGCUUAUUGGAAA